AUGGAAAGUGAUAAAGCUGGAGCCCCAGAAGAACUGAAAAUGAAACCAGAUAAACAAGCAGAAACACAUGAAGGUGAUCCUAAUGAGAGUCCACUAUCACAGGUUCUGUCCAGCCAUGUGACUCCCCUGAUACCAGAGUUCUUGGAUCCAGCCCUCACCCAGGAGAAGGCCUUCGACCAUGACAGCAACAAACAACACACACCUGCAGAGGAGUCCAAAGUUCCACAGCCAGAGGACACGUUCCUCCCUGAGCAAGGUAGUGACAUCUCCAGUUUCUCAGCAAAAGUCAUGCAACCCAAGGACGGUGAUACCCCCAAUACCUCAACAAAAAUCAUCCCACCUAAUCAGGGUGACACACGCAGUUCCCCAGGAAAAACCAUCUUGUCUAAAGAAGGUAAAACCCCUAAUUCCUCAGGAAAAAACAUUCUAUCAAAGCAGGUUGACACCCCUAAAUCUUCAGCAAAAAACACCCUGCCCAAUCAGGCUGACACCUACAAGUCCUCAGCAAAAGCUAUCCUGCCCAAGGAGGUUGAUACCCCCAGUUCCUCAGAAAGCAACACCCCACUCAAGCAGGAUGACACUCCGAGUUUCUCAGAAAAAACGAUCCUGCUCAAGCAAGCUGACACACCCAUUUCCUCAGCCAAAACCAUCCAGCCAAAGCAAGACACAACCCCCAAGCUCUUGGCAAAAACCAUGUCACUUACAGAGGGUGAUGUCCCUAAAUCCUCAGAAGAAACCAUCCAUCCAAAGCAGGGUAAUACCCCCAAGCUCUCAGCAAAAUUCAUUUCACCCAAGGAGAGUGACAUCUCCAACUCCUCAGAAGAAAACAUUUCACCAAGGCAGGGUGACACCCCCAAACUUCCAGAAGAAACCAUCCAACCCAAGGAGGGUGAAACCCCCAAGUCCUCAGAAGAAACCACUCAGCCUGUAGAAGGUGACAUCCCAGCAGAAGAAACAGUGGAGCUCUUGGAGGUUGACAUGGUGAAAGUGAUCCUGAACAAAGAGGAUUUUGAGUUGGCGCUCAAGGAGGCCGGAGAGAAGCUAGUGGCUGUUGACUUCUCAGCCAUGUGGUGUGGGCCCUGCAGGGCCAUCAAGCCCCUUUUCCAUUCCCUGUCUGUGAAGCAUGAGGAUGUAACAUUCCUGGAAGUGGAUGUUGAUGAGUGUGAGGAGGUGGUGAAAGACCAUGAGAUCACUAGCAUUCCAACCUUUCAGUUUUACAAAAAAGAAGAAAAGGUGGGUGAAUUUUGUGGCGCCCUUGAGGAAAAACUCAAAACAAUCAUUGAAGAAUUAAAGUAG